AUGGCGGGCUGGGGGUCGGCAGUUCUCUGGUUGUGGGUCUCCUGCGGGGCUGCUGCAGGACAGCUCGAGUACAAAGUGUUGGAGGAGGCGGAGCGCGGUUUGAUAGUGGGCAAUGUCGCCACGGACUUGGGAUUGUCGGCAGCUGCUUUGUCCCUGAGAAACUUUCGCCUCCUUUCCGGCCAGGGUGAGCACUACUUUGGGGUGGACAUGGCCAGUGGCAGCUUGGUGGUGCGGGAGCCGGCGGACCGCGAGUUGCUGUGUGGGGUGAGCGAUGCGUGCGUCCUGAGCUAUGAACUCCUGUUGGAGGAUCCGCUGGAGCUGCACAAGAUGCAUGUUCGCGUCCUGGACACCAAUGACAACUCCCCUGUCUUCCCCGCUGGCGACGUCCUACUCCACAUCCCCGAGGUCCUGGCGCCAGGAGCUCACUUUAGUCUCCCCAAUGCCCAGGAUGCGGACGAGGGUAGCAAUGGGGCGCUCAGCUACAGCCUCAGCCCAAGCCAGUACUUUCGCCUGGCCAUGGGGUCGCGGGUCGACGGCAGCCACUACCCGGAGCUGGUGCUAGAGAUGGCUCUGGAUCGUGAGCAGCGCGCCACCCACCUACUGGUGCUCACGGCUCGGGAUGGCGGGCUUCCUGCGCGCUCCGGAGACGCCCAAGUCACCGUCGUGGUGGUGGACACAAACGACAACGCUCCAGUGUUUGAGCACUCUGUGUACCGCACCAAGGUUGCAGAGAAGGCGCCCAACGGGACCCUGCUGUUGCAAGUUGAUGCCUCAGAUCCCGACGAAGGCUCCAACGGGGAAGUGUGGUACUCCUUAAGCAACAGCACGCGUGCAGAGCUGCGGCAUUGCUUUCACGUGCACCCUAAAAGCGGGGAGGUGCGAGUGGCAGCCCCACUAGGCCCCCCCGCGGCGCUCUUGGAGGCUUACAUCGAGGCGAGGGACAAAGGCGCCUUCGGUCUGGCCAGCACAGCGAAGCUGCUGGUGGAGGUGACCGACGUGAACGAUCACACCCCCCAGGUGAACUUCAUGACUCUCUACAGCCAGGUCCCUGAGGACGCCACCCCUGGUACAGUGAUUGCCCUUCUUAGUGUAGGGGACGAGGACUUGGGCCCCAAUGGCAGGGUCACUUGCAGCAUGUCUAGUGGGGGCCCCUUCCAGCUGAAGUCUUCCUUUGGCAGCUACUACAGCCUGCUGACAGACGGGGCCCUGGACCGGGAGCAGAGGAGCGAGUACCAGGUCGUCAUCACCGCCUGGGAUGAGGGCUCACCCCCGCUCAGUACAGAAAGGGUACUCACCGUGUCCGUGGCUGACGUGAAUGACAACACCCCGAGCUUUCCCGAACCGCAACAGGAAAUUUUUGUGGCUGAGAACAACAGCCCAGGGGUCUCUAUAGGUCGGGUGUUCGCCCAGGACCCGGAUCAAGGGGAGAAUGGCCUCAUCUUUUAUGAGCUGUUGGAUUUUGUCUUUGAAGGGACAGCGGCCUCUAGUCUGGUGGCAGUGGGGUCAUCCAGUGGGAUGAUCACUGCCAAAACAUCUUUUGACUUCGAGCAGCUCAGGGGGUUUCAAUUCCACGUUGAGGGCCGGGAUGGUGGCAUUCCCCAGCGAAGUGCCACCGCGACUGUCCGCAUAUUCGUGGUCGACAGGAACGACAAUGCUCCCGUUAUCUUGUUUCCCUCGCCCAGAGAUGGCUCAAUCCCAGUGGAAGUUGUGUCCCGCUCCGCCAGAGUCGGACACCUGGUCACCAAAGUGGUGGCCGAGGACGCAGACAGUGGUUUCAAUGCCUGGCUUUCCUACCAUAUCUCCCAGGCUUCUGACUCAAGUCUUUUCAGAAUUUCAGCCCACGCUGGAGAACUGUGCACUGCGCGCCUGGUGCUUCCCACCGAUGCGGUUCAGCAGAGAGUGGUGGUGGUGGUUCAGGACCAUGGAGACCCACCGCUGUCGUCCUCUGUCAUCCUGGGGGUGCUAUUGAGUGACUCUGUUCCUCCGGUGCUUCCAGACUUUGAGAAUGUCUGGGAACCAGGAGGAAGGCUGUCUGCCCUGAAUUUGUAUCUAAUCAUCGUGCUGGCCUGCAUUUCCCUUUUGUUUCUGGGGUGUGUACUUUCCUUCGUGUGUGUCAGGUGGAGUCAGAGCCCAGGUUGUUGCUCUUGGAGGUGUGGUCGCUCGCCAGCUGAUCUGAGGUAUGGAGGGAAGAUGGCUCCGACGUCUUGCAUGGCAUCUGCUAUGGUAGAUGUCACUACAAUUGAGAGACUUUCUCACACUUACCUCUACCGCACCUCUCUGGGGCUCGGCUGUGGAAAUGAAAGCUUACUGCUGCGUGGGAAAUACACAGCUGCUGACAUGAGCAAUUUGGCCACAGGUCUAGGACUGAAAUUGCCAAUACCCUGUAUUCAGAUACGGAAUAGAAAGGGGGAUCAUGCAAGUAUCAAUGUCAUGGUAAGCAACUUUUAUGGGAUUUUUAAAACUCCUUGUAUCAGGAGAUGA